AUGGAAUCUUAUUUGAUUGUUUUGAUCUGUUUGGGGGUCUUUCUUGCGAUCGUUUUAUUAGUGUCAUGUUGUUUGGAGGCGAAGAAGAAAAAAGGCACUGAUGGUUCUGUGCUAAAGCCCAACAACCAGAGAGCCAGGGCUGUAACAAGCAGCAAUGGUGACUUCGUGUUUUAUCCAGCUGCGGCAGCAUCUCUUCCUACUAUCUCUGGUUCUGGACCUUCUGGUCAUCAUGGCGGUGGUGGUGGUUGUGGCGGCGGAGGGCAUCAUGGUGGAGGAGGAGGAUGUGGUGGUGGUGGAGGGUGUGGUGGUGGAGGGUGUGGUGGAGGAGGGUGUGGUGGAGGAGGAUGUGGUGGCGGGGGAUGA